AUACAUAAUUGACGGUUUCGAUCGUUUGACCACUUUGACAUUGCCUUCCUUACUUAAUAUGUCCUCCUUCUUUGACUCUUUUUUUCAACCUUCUAGUUCACCAUCACUGUAAAAAAUCUACAAUUACCAAACAAAGAAAAGUAACGCAAGUGAAAAGAGAGAGCGUGAAAAUAUAUACAAAAUCAGCAGAAUCUUUUACCUUCACGAUUUCGGCAUGCGCGUGUGUUAAGGAAGGGAGGAAGAAAUUAAAAACGUUUGACUUAGGGCCUCUUUCCUUUCUUUGCAUUGGAAACGUACGGAAGAAAGGAGGAUGCUUCAUUUACAAAACAUGGUAAAAACAAAAACGGAACAGUAAAACGGAGUAAGUGGCGUUGAUCGAUUUCUAUUAAACGCAGUUAAAGUCCACGUUUACCACGCAGGGUAAAAUAUACAAAUAAAUUUACUUCCCUAUAUUUAUUACAAGAAGGAAGAGAGAGAUAGGAGCAGAGCAGAGAUUGCCUGUUUUAGUUUUAGAAAUCAAAGCGAAAGCAAAAGAAAGAGAGAAAGAGAGGUUUUUUGUUUUCUCUCUUCUGCAAAGAAAACACCGACAACAUUGGUGGUGCAGGACCGUUUCAAGUGAAGCCAGGAAAAGGGUUUAGUCCACUGGAAAAUCUUGCACAUCAAAAGGAAAGAGUACUGAUCAGGAGAAAAUAAAAAUGUAUGGAGAUUGUCAAAUCAUGUCGUCUGUGGGAGGGAAUGUGGUAUCUUCAGAAACCCUAUUUUCAUCACCAAUUCAAAACCCUAAUUUCAACUUCUUGCCUUUGCAGCCUUUACCUCCCAUGGUUCCUAAAGAAGAAAACGGGCUGUUUCUGAGAGGGAAAGAGGGGAUGGACAGUGGGUCUGGGAGUGAACAAGCAGAAGAGAAGUCAGGGAAUGAGCAAGAGAGCACUGAGCAACCCCCCAAGAAGAAACGUUAUCACAGGCACACUGCUCGUCAGAUCCAAGAAAUGGAAGCUGUUUUUAAGGAAAAUCCACAUCCUGAUGACAAACAAAGGAUGAAACUAAGCCAAGAACUUGGCCUUAAGCCUCGCCAAGUCAAGUUUUGGUUCCAAAACCGCCGCACUCAGAUUAAGGCUCAACAAGAUCGAUCUGAUAAUGUGAUACUUAGAGCUGAGAAUGAGUCUCUCAAGAAUGAGUUUUACCGGCUUCAAGCGGAACUCAGCAAACUUGUUUGUCCAAACUGUGGUGGUCCAGCUGUGCCUGGAGGGGUUUCCUUCGAAGAGCUCCGGAUGGAGAAUGCACGACUUAGAGAAGAGGUGGAACGGGUCUGUGCUAUUGCGUCGCGAUAUAUUGGAAGGCCAAUCCAAAUAAUGGGUGCAGCUCCUGCAAUGAUGCCACCUUCAUUAGAUUUGGACAUGAACAUAUACCCAAGGCAUUUCACAGAGCCUAUGGCUUCCUGUGCAGAGAUGAUGCCUGUGCCUAUGUUGCCAGAAACAGCCACUUACCCCGAGAAUAAUAAUCUAGUUCUAAUGGACGAGGAAAAAACUGUUGCAAUGGAGCUUGCUAUGUCUUCCAUGGAUGAACUUGUGAAGAUGUGCCAAGCAAAUGAGCCUCUUUGGGUCCGAAACAAUGAAAAUGGGAAGGAAUUACUUAAUCUUGAAGAACACGCCAGGAUGUUUCAUUGGCCAUUAAGUCUCAAGCAGCGUUCAAGUGAGUUCAGGACUGAAGCUAGCCGUGAUAGUGCAGUGGUUAUAAUGAAUAGCGUCACUUUGGUAGAUGCAUUCCUUGAUGCUAACAAAUGGGCGGAACUGUUUCCCUCUGUCGUUGCUAGAGCAAAAACUGUUCAAGUUAUAUCACCUGGUGUUUCAGGAACAAAUGGUUCCCUUCAGCUGAUGUAUGCAGAAUUGCAAGUUCUAUCUCCAUUGGUGCCCACUCGAGAAGCUUAUUUUCUUCGUUAUUGCCAACAACAAAAUCUAAAAGAUGAAACUUACUGGGCAAUUGUUGAUUUCCCUCUCGAUGGCUUUCAUAACAACUUACAGUCUUCCUUUCCCCUAUACAGGAGAAGGGCCUCUGGCUGUUUGAUUCAAGACAUGCCUAAUGGGUAUUCAAGGGUUACAUGGGUUGAACAUGCAGAGAUCAUAGAGGAGAAACCAGUUCAUCAGAUAUUUAGCCACUUUGUUUACAAUGGGAUUGCAUUUGGAGCACAACGUUGGUUAGCUGUUUCAGAGCGACAAUGUGAAAGGAUUGCUAGCCUCAUGGCUAGAAAUAUCACUGACUUAGGAGUGAUACCUUCUCUGGAAGCAAGGAAGAAUUUAAUGAGACUUGCUCAAAGAAUGAUAAGAACUUUCUGUGUCAACAUCAGCACUUCCAGUGGUCAGUUGUGGACAGCUUUACCAGAUUCCGCUGAUGAUACUGUUAGAAUCACAACAAGGAAAAUCACAGAACCUGGCCAACCCAAUGGGCUGAUUCUUUGUGCUGUAUCUACUACUUGGCUGCCCUAUCCUCACUACCAAGUCUUUGAUCUUUUGAGGGAUGAACGCCGCCGAGCUCAGCUGGAGGUUCUUUCAAAUGGGAAUGCCUUACAUGAGGUGGCUCACAUUGCUAAUGGCGCCCAUCCUGGAAACUGCAUUUCACUUCUUCGAAUCAAUGUUGCAAGCAACUCCUCACAGCAUGUGGAGCUAAUGCUGCAAGAGAGCUGCACAGACCGAUCCGGUAGCCUUGUUGUUUACUCCACCGUUGAUGUUGAUUCCGUCCAGCUAGCAAUGAGCGGGGAGGACCCAUCCUGCAUCCCUCUACUUCCCAUAGGCUUUUACCUAACCCCAGUGGAACUCAUCAGAGAUGCUAGUGGUGAAGGCAAAUCAGUACCACCAUCUGAAGAGGCAAACGGUCAUAUUUCUGGCAGUUUACUCACCGUUGGGCUUCAAGUUCUUGCCAGCUCAGUUCCAUCAACAAAGAUCAAUCUCUCGAGCAUUGCCGCCAUCAACAACCAUUUAUGCACCACCGUUCACCAAAUCAGUGCUGCACUCAGUAGCAGUAGUACCCCUAGCUGCCCCCGUAAUGGAAAUGGUUUAGGCUCGUGUGCUGAGCCUGCUUCUGCACCAGAAAAGUAGGUCAGGUUUCUUCGUGAAUUACCCAUAACAUCCCCCAUUUUUAAUGGAUUUGAAGAUGGGAAGAUUGGGGAAGUUAUUGGUAAUGAAUUUUACUGCAAAUCAAUUGCUGGAAUUGUCAAAUUAGUGACAUUUGUAGUAACUAAUUAAUGUGGUAAAUAGGAGUCAUUUUGUAACUAAGGGAAGCAUGUGAGAAAGGUGUUGGAGGGUAAAGACUAAAAAGAAAUACUAUAAUGUCUAUGUAAUAGCUAGAGGGAGUCAAGAGCGCACCAGCUGUGACCCUUGCUUUCUGGUAAGGCCUAAAGAUGAGACCUCACCAAUCAGCAAGGGUGGUGGUUCGGGUAUUGACUUCUGCUUUAUUGGCCCUUGUGUUUGCUUUUCUGAAUUUAUUGCUACUUGGGAACAUAUAUUUUCUUUCUU